AUGAGUGUCAGCAAAUUGGCAGAGUUUGGCGCGAAGCACGUCGCCCGUGGAGUUGGUCGUCUCUCCAACCAUGUUCUCGAGAGCGGCGCUGGCAGCUAUGUGACGACCACUGAAGGUCGCAAGAUGCUAGACUUUACCAGUGGUAUCGGAGUCACCAACUUGGGUCACUGUCAUCCCAAGGUGACAAAGGCAGCACAAGAGCAAGUUGGCAAGCUCGUUCACGGACAAGUGAACAUUGCCUUCCAAAAGCCUUAUCUGGAGCUUGUGGAGCAGCUGCUUCCCGUCAUGCCGCACAAAUCUCUCGACACAUUCUUCUUCUGGAACUCAGGAGCUGAGGCUGUUGAAGCCGCUGUAAAGUUGGCUAGACACGCAACUAAAAAACAAAACAUUAUCGUCAUGCAAGGAUCUUACCACGGACGCACGUUCGGCACAAUGGCCAUGACACGAUCAAAAACCAUCUACGGAGAAAACUACGCACCUUUGAUGCCUGGUGUCUUCUCAGUACCAUUCCCUUACUGCAAGCAAUGUUCAAUUUCGCACAGCACCGAUGGCAAGUUCGGCUUUGAGAACUGCUGCAUGGACCCCGUUCUUCAGCUCGAGCUGCUUUUGAAGCGUGAGACUGCUCCCUCAGACACAGCCGCCAUCUUCAUCGAGCCUGUUCUGGGCGAAGGCGGUUACGUUCCCCCACCUGCUGGCUACCUCGCCGCUCUCCGCAAGAUCUGUGACAAGCACAACAUUCUCCUAGUCUGUGACGAAGUCCAGUGCGGUUUCGGCAGAACCGGAAAGAUGUUCGCUGUUGAGCACUGGGACGUCCGACCAGACAUUCUGAUCAUGGCCAAGGGUAUCGCCAACGGAUUCCCUCUUUCAGCAAUCGUCUCGCGCAAGGAGCUCAUGGACAAGCAAGCCCCUGGAAGUAUGGGUGGCACCUAUGCCGGUAACGCAGUAUCAUGUGCCGCUGGUGUCGCAGUUGCCAAGGCAUUCAAAGAGGAGAAGAUUCUCGACAACGUCAACGUCCGCGGAGCAGAGCUCAAGGACGCUUUACUGGCAGCCAAGAAAGAGACAGGAGAGCUGAUUUUCGAUGUCCGUGGCCUUGGUCUCAUGUUGGCACUCGAGUGUGCACCAGGCAAGGGUUAUGCCUCCAAGAUCCAGGCCAAGUGUAUGGAGAAGGAUAUGCUUGUUCUCACCACAUCAAUCUACGACACCCUCCGCUUCAUCCCUCCGUUGAACAUCACCAAGGAGGACAUGGCCAAGGGUAUCAAGAUCAUCACCGAUGCGAUCAAGGAGGUCGCCGCUGGAGAGCAACCUCAGGAGACAGCGACCAAGGGUCAGGCUCCCGAGUAG